AUGGGGUAUAGCGGUCUGAGAACUUUCCCAGUCUACGACCUAGUCAUUUCGGAUUGCAUCAGGAAAAUUAAGGAAAAUAAUGCCGCACGUAUUCAGAUCCAUAAUGUAGAUUCACUAGUUGCGAUACUGCCUAAGACUUUGAAUAGCAAUUUCCAAUCUUCUUACAUGAACCACAGCAUUCAGGACCAGAUAACAUCUAGGAGAAUAUCUCAAAGCAGAACUCGUUCAGAGACUACUACUCUCUCUACUCACAAAGCCAAGGAGGUUACCACUGGAGACCUGCCAUACAAAAUGACCCAAUCAAUAUAUGACGAGAGAUCCCCUCUACUUCCUCGUUCGCCGGACGCAGUCGAAUCUGCCAAAACUAAAGACUCUGAUAUCCCAAAUGGAGGGACAUGGGCCUGGCUACAAGUCCUAGCCGGGCAUCUUGUGGUAUUCAAUGUUUGGGGUUAUAUUACCUCAUAUGGGUUCUUCCAAGAAUACUAUGUCAAAAAUCUCGAAAUUAGUCCAGCUGAUGCAUCCUGGAUUGGAGCAGUGCAAAUGUUCAUGGUCCAUCUACUCGGCACUUUCUCUGGCCGUGCAAUGGACGCUGGAUAUCUCCGAACCUGCAUCGCAACAGGAUGUUCGUUGCAAACACUGGGAGCGUUCGCCACCUCCUUCGGCACAAAACUGUGGCACUUUUGGCUUGCACAAGGUAUCUGCAGCGGAAUUGGUCAUGGACUCGUUUUCAGCCCAAUGAUCUCGCUAUACUCGACUUGGUUCACUAGUAAGCGAGUUAUGGCCGUCUCAUUGGCAUCCUGUGGGGCUGCUACUGGUGGAAUGGUUUUUCCUGCUAUUGGAUAUUACUUGUUUGACAGACUGGGCUUUGCAUGGACUGUGCGACUAUUGGCCCUAAUCAUUGCUGUCAAUGGGCUCGUGGUGUCUGCAGUGACGAGGGCAAGGAUAGUGUCACGUAAAUCUAGCCCAUGGUUCGACUUCACUGCAUUCAAAGAACUCUCGUACACCAUGUUUUCGAUUGGAUCGUUCUUUAUCUUCGAGGGUAUUUACUUUGCAUACAUCUACGUGAGACAAUUCGCCCAAUCAAAAGCGAACUUUUCCUUCCAGGAGUCUCUUUUCUUGCUUUUCCUAAUGAAUGGCGUCGGAUUACCGAGUCGUAUAUUGGUUGCCUACUUAGCCGACCGCUAUUUAGGAGCAGUGAGAACUUGCGUUCUAGUCUCCAUCCCCUGUGGAGCAAUGCUCUUGUGCUGGAUCGCUGUUGAUUCACACCAAAGCAUGGUGAUUUGGGCUACGGUUUAUGGAAUCUUUGCCAACUGCGCAUUGAGUCAAGUGCCAGCGUCCAAUGCAUAUUUUGGAGCCAAAACCCCCGAAAAAUCUGGGACUCGAGUCGGGACUAUUACCACGAUUAACAGCAUACCUCUCUUGACUGGGCCGUACAUUGCAGGGAAGCUCAUCGCUUUGAAUGGUGGAGACUACUUGUACGCACAGCUAUUCGGUGGCCUCUGUAUUAUUAUUGGGGCAUUGUUUUUGGUCGGAGCCCAAUGGGCGGAUACUCGCAAGCUGAAUCAGCUGUAG